UUGGUGUUGUGUGUAAUGUACGAAGUGCAGAUUGGGAAUGCAGCAAUAAAUGAUGAGACAGAUGGGAAAGGAAUGUUUGAUUACUUUGCAAGCCAUGCUGUCAUUUCCGACCAAACUUCAUAUAAAAUCCGGAAAUACUGUAAUUUCUCACCCAAUGCCACCACUCAGUCCAAUGAAUGCUAUGCUGCAACCGGUGAAGCUGAUAUUGGCAAUAUUGAUAUCUAUAACAUCUAUGCUCCUUUAUGCACCUCUUUCAAUAUCACUCUAUUUCCCAAAAAGGCUUCUGUGUUGAAUUUUGAUCCAUGCAGUGAUCAUUAUGUGUAUGCUUAUUUGAAUCGUGCUGAUGUUCAAGAGGCCCUACAUGCCAAUGUAACCAAACUCAGUUAUGAUUGGGAACCAUGCAGUCAAGUCAUCAGACGUUGGGGAGAUAGUCCAUCAACAAUUAUUCCCCUCCUCCAAGAGUUAAUGGCAAAUGGACUUCGAGUGUGGGUAUUUAGCGGUGACGUAGAUGGAAGGAUACCAGUGACUUCAACCAAGUAUUCUAUUAAUAAGAUGAAGCUUCAUCUUAAGACUCCAUGGCAUCCUUGGUAUCUCAAUGGAGAGGUUGGUGGGUACACUGAAGUAUACAAGGGGGAC